AUGUCGUCAUCAUCACCCGCACAAGAAAGAAGAUUGACAAAUAGAAGACAUCUGCGUAGAUCUUCUGGUUUUCAAUUAAAUCGAUCAACAACACCACAUCAUUAUCCAAUUGAUGAAAAUCAAAUACCAUUUGAAUCUCAUGGUUUCUUUAAUCAAUUCUCAUGUUUAGCUGACGUCCUUCAAGAGUUAGAUAGCAAUAUGUCCAAACUAUCUUCCAUUCAUAAUACAAUCAAUAACGAAUUCAAUGAAUCAUUUGCUGGGUUUUUAUAUGGUUUAUCAUUAACUAUGUGGUGUGUUGAUUUCCCAGGUGCUCCAAAUACAAAAGCAUGGGAGCAAUUACAAGAAAAGAGACAAAGAGAACAACGAAUUAUUGAAUUAAAAAGAAGAUUAGCAAAUGCACAAGAAUUGAAUUCAAAUUUAAAAUCAACUUUAGAACAAGAAUCUAAGUCUUUACCACCAACCAGACCUACAAACCCCUUAUUUCAAAAAACAACUGCAACAAGGUCAACGAGACCAAUGCCAACAAGAACAGCUACUGGUACAAGAGCAACAGCCGCAUCAUCAUCGCGUAUUCAGAAACCUAGAAUUCCUGGACGUGAAUCAGAUUCAUCAUUGUUGAACACUUCCACAUCUUCCAUAAAUCAAAAGGGAGCAGCAGCAGCUCAGUCAUCAAGAAUACCAGCACGAAGGACAUCACAACAACAACCUACAGUAACAACCCCAAGUUCAAUACAGAGUUCAUCUAAACCUAAUCUCAACCAACCUGCUAGAUAUAUGAAUUCUUUGAAUUCUAAUGCUAAUAAAGUUUCCAACCCUGGUUAUACAAGACCUACUAAACCAGUUCAACCAUUACAGAAAUCAAAUUCCUUAGCAAAUAGACCUCGAUUUAGAUAG